AUGUCAGAAGGCCCCGUGUUCUUGUAUACGCCAUAUGGCGACAAGGAAAUUGAAACAGUACCUUCAGACAAAAUCCAGCCUGAUACCAGGAUCGUACGUGCACCCUCGAUAUGGCUCAAGCCUACCGGUCCGACCCCUGACACGGUACCUCUUUUAGACGUGCUCAUCAACAGCGACUACGCUGCGGCUGCCUUGAUUUCUACCGGUAGUAAUGCUGACUUCAUCAGCGACAAACUUGCAGACCAAAUCGGCACCAAAAAGUCUCGCUUGCCGUAUGAAUGUGUGUGUCAAUUGGCGAUUGCCUUUGCAGUGCCCAUCACACAUUCCGUGGAGCUCCAAUUCGAGGCAAACGGUAAACGUUUUGUGCGCACGUGCCUUGUGUUUCCAGAUAUGAGAAUCGAACUCAUUUUCGGCGCUCAGUUUGUGAUUGACUUCCCGACGGUGGACGUCGUCAAAAAGACUUUCAAUGGGAAACCCAUGUAUAACCCGUAG